UGCAAUUUCUUGACAGUUUCUGCUUCGUCAUGCCAUUUCCAUUAAAUAUACGUGUUGAUCGUGUUUGCGAACUGAAUCCACUUCACAAUUGAUCCUCAUUUUUUUUUUCUCUAGCUCCCCCUCAAGAUUUUUUCUCUCCACAUUGUUCGCCUUUCUCAGGAACCAGAACUAUUUCUUAUAAUCUGCCGCAAGAUUAUCCCCAAAUUUUCUUAGAAUUUCAGGUCCUUAAUAAACUCCACUCGAUUCUUUCGCUGAUCAAAGUUUAGCCUAAUUAGGAUAAAAAUAUCAAAAUGUUCGGUCACAAGAAGUUUCCCUUGCAUAGGCUUUCAAGGCACAAGUCAGCUGACCCCUCUGACUUCCCUAAUCAUAAAACGAAUCCAUUCGAAUCCACCGACGAGUUGAAAUCCGUUAAAGGUUCUACAAGAACAUCAUCAGAACCUGCUCUGGUUACACCAAACUUCAAUUCAAACCCCUUUGAUGAUGAUGGUGAUGAUGUUAGAGGAACCUCAUCAUCUCAGAGUUUCUUCAAUUCCUCAAGGAACAAAUACAAGAAUGAUUUCCGCGACUCUGGAGGAUUAGAGAGCCAGACUGUAGAGGAACUUGAAAAUUAUGCAGUAUAUAAGGCUGAAGAUACGACUAAAUCUGUCAACAAUUGCCUUAAGAUUGCAGAGGACAUGCGAGGAGAAGCCACCAAUACUUUGGUUAUGCUGCAUCAACAGGGAGAGCAAAUUACCAGAACUCACGCGACUGCUGCCGACAUAGAGCAUGACCUUAGUAGGGGGGAGAAGCUUUUGGGAAGUCUUGGGGGCAUGUUCUCUAAGACAUGGAAGCCGAAGAAGAAUCAUGCAAUAAAAGGCCCUGUGAUCAGUAGAGGUGAUCCGGUGCAUAGGAAGGGCAAUCAUUUGGAGCAGAGGGAAAGGCUUGGCUUGUCUUCGGCCUCUAAGGAAAGAUCAUCAAAUGCACGUAAACCACUAGUCGAACCCACAGAUGCCUUCCAGAAAGUUGAGGUUGAAAAAGGGAAACAAGACGACGCCCUCGUAGAUCUAAGUAACAUCUUGGGGGAGCUAAAGAAUAUGGCUAUUGACAUGGGAUCAGAGCUUGAAAAGCAAAACCCAGCAUUGGAACGCACCGAAGAUGAUGUAGAUGAGCUGGUUUUCCGAGUGAAAGGUGCUAAUCAGCGCACUCGGCGUUUGCUUGGGAAGUAGGAUCCCGUUGCUUGCUGCUUUGUACUACUCCAUGAUUUUAAAAUUUUAGGCAUUUUCCUUGCUGCUUUAGAGUAUAGUAUAGUAUAUACUCCGUGUACAACAAAACAGAAAAUUAUUCUGCAACUUGAGUUACUUCACCUCUUUCUGUACUUUCUUCUUCUUUGAAAAUGGUGUCUAUAGCAGUUGCUUCAAAAACUCCACAUUUCACCCUU